UUCAGUUGAUUUUUUGUAUUGCGACCGAGUUGUUGUGUUUAGUGUGAUGAUAAAAAAUUGAUACAAUAUAUCGCUGAUUAAAAAACACUAUGUUUUGCAAUCAACUUUAAUAUUUUUCGAUAUUAUCGAAUAUUAAUUAAUACUCUUUCAUUUUUUGUGCUGUGUUUUAAAUUUAAAUCAAUAAAAAUGAGGCUGGCUGGUACAAUUUUUAGCAAUGUGACGAAGAUGUUGGACUUUUAUUCGCAAUUUAAUCCAUCACCGCUCUCUAUAAAGCAGUUUAUAGAUUUUGGUCUGAACGCUUGCGAAAGGAAGUCCUACCUGUUCCUCAGGAAGGAGUUGCCAGUGAGACUGGCGAAUAUCAUGAAGGAGAUAGCGCUGUUGCCGGACAAUCUGCUCAGGAUGCCUUCGGUGGGUCUUGUCAAUCAGUGGUACGAACGGUCCUUCGAAGAGAUCAUAGAGUUUGAGAAGAUGGAGCCAGAGCAGCCGGUGUUGACCUCUUUCUGCGAACGUCUCAUGCACAUACGCAACAGGCACGCGGACGUCGUGCAAACGAUGGCGCAGGGCGUGCUCGAGCUGAAGGAGUCGCACGAGGUGGACCCGGGGGUCGAGAGCUCGAUACAGUACUUCCUGGACAGAUUCUAUAUGAGCAGGAUCUCUAUACGGAUGCUGAUCAAUCAGCACACGUUGCUCUUCGGCGAGCAAAUCGGCGCCAAGCAAGCGUCGGUGAACGGCAUGGGCAACGGCGGGCGGCACAUCGGCUCCAUAGACCCGGCGUGCGACGUCGCGGCGGUCGUGCGCGACGCGUACGAGAACGCGCGGUUCCUAUGCGACCGGUACUACCUGGCGUCGCCCGAGCUGGAGCUCCUGCAGAACGGCGUGGCCAGCGAGCGUCCGAUGCCAAUCAUCUACGUGCCCUCCCACCUGUACCACAUGCUGUUCGAGCUGUUCAAGAACGCGAUGCGAGCGGUCAUGGAGACGUACGGGAGCUCGCCGCCGCCGGUCACCGUCAACAUCGUGCAGGGCCGGGAGGACAUAUCGGUCAAGAUGUCAGACCGCGGCGGCGGUAUCCCGCGCAGUGUGACGGACCUUCUGUUCAAAUACAUGUACAGUACCGCGCCGCAGCCCUCCAAGUCUGACUCGCACACGGUGCCCUUGGCCGGUUACGGCUACGGUUUGCCGAUAUCGCGGCUGUACGCGCGGUACUUCCACGGCGACCUCGUGCUGAUGUCCUGCGAGGGCUUCGGCACUGAUGCCGUCAUCUAUUUGAAGGCGCUGUCGAACGAAGCGAACGAGCUGCUGCCGAUAUUCAACCGCACGUCCAGCAAGUUCUACCGCUCGGGGCCCGUGCUGGCGGACUGGUCGGCGCCCGUGCCCGCCGCCGCGCCGCGCCCGCACCGCCCCUCCCUCUCGCACACCGUGUAGCGUGCAGCGGUGCGAGCGGGACGGCGACACCCCAACGCCUGCACCCCAGCG